AGAGUAUGGGCACACACCCCUAGAUCAAAGAUCCAGUUCUAUCCAGGAUCUGGGUAAUGCAAUAGAACCAGAUGAAAAUAAAAAAGAGUUGCAAUGUUAUGUCCAAGGGAAUGACUCAGAGUCAAACUGUUUAGCCCAGAAGUCACCAAUGCAGACAGAAGGACAUGAGAAACCAUGCAGGGAAAUCAUAGAGAAAUUCCCAUUGUGGAAAGAGCCAAAAUAUCAGCAUCACUCGACAGGGAAGACAGAGCAAAGAAGCCAGGGGAUAAACGAUGAGCCUGAAGUUAGCAACAACUCAACAAACGACCAACAGCAGAGUCUUGUGAUCAUUGACGCAACCUGUGUUGUUGUCAAGGUUGAGCUUGUACUUCUUCCAGAGAAGGAGCAUGUCCAGUAUGUGUGUUUGACAGAGGAGAGUCCUUCGCCAAGUACUAGAGAGGAGACCGAGGUGCAGAAGCAGCACAGCAGUGUCGUCUCAAGCCAGGAGACUCCUGAAAACAAUACUUUGGACGAGAGAGUAGAAAGGAUUCUUGGAAUACCACAUGAGCAUCCCAGGACAAGCGUACAGACACACGAGAGCAUUUCAGAAGAACAUGACAGCUCCUGUGAGAGUCACAUAGUGGAUCCAGUAAAAGAGUUUGAGGAAUCUCCAUCCGCAGCUGCAACUGUUGAUGACUGGCAAGCGCAGGAAAAUAAACUGAUGGUGGGACAGUCCUGGAGUGGGACAACACUGGAGAAUAAUGAAGGCGUAGGAGAAAUGCUCAACAUAAUGGAAGUGGAAGAACAAACCACUGCACAAGGACCCGAAGCUGUGCUCGAAGACUUUGUGGCUUUCACAAAUGCAAAAUCCACAUCUGAAAUCACCAUACAUAUGAAUCAAUCCACAGAACAAGGACAUAGACCUGCAUUGGACGACAGUGUGGUUAAGCACAGUACACAGAAAGAUAAUGAGAACCAUCAAACAGAUACUAGUAAGGACCUUACCGAGGAUAGUUCAACAGAAGACAACCUCUCAGAUGAUAAGCGAGUACUUGCUUCAGAUUUCUUUACACCUGUCCUUAGGAAAAGUGCAGAAAAUUGCAUCAAAGUUGUUUUACCUUCACCUGUGGGUUCCAGGACUCUCAGAAGGUCAAGCUCUUCACCUCAUUUGUCAUUUACCUCUGCUUCCAACACCUUGGAUGUAUCAAAUGUAUCAGCUUCUCCUGUGGUUUCUCACAGAGAAUGAGCCACUGUUGCUUCCAUCUUUAACUAACACAGAAACCACCCAGUGCUCCGGUUCUCCCAGUGUUCAGUCAAGCUGUACAUCCUCACUCCCCGCUCCUUCUUCUACUCCAGUUCCAGAAGCUUCUGAAAAUUCAUCUCUCCCACAGACAAGAAAUGUUCCUUCUGAUGUUUUACUCUGUACUUCAUUGCCCUGUGAACAAAAAAUACAACAUGCCAAGUCUCUGUGGGACGUGGUAAGUCGUAUACGCAAACACACUGCUCCUGACUCUGAGACAGAGGACGAGGAGACGGUUGAGUUUGGGGAACAAACUGAAAGUGCAGACACUGACUUGCUUUAUCAGAGACUGAACACAGAAGAAGGAGGAGAAUUGGAGGAUAAUACUUUAGAGAACUGAACAAAAACCAAAUGAUGUUUCUAUUCCCGUGCCAGAAAACACUGUGUAUACUAUCAUUGCAUUAGAGCAUAGGGUGUAGUGA